AGAUUCUUCACCAAAGUUUAGCACUUUCUCUAAACUUACUCUAUCAGCUGCAGGGAGAUUUGGUUGGACACAUUUUUAAAAAAAAAUCUGCUCUGGUAGGGUUUCGUAACAUUUUGGUUGCGAACUGCUCAUUUUUUCUUAUCGGCAUCGUUGAAAGCACAAUCUUGAGUGAGGGUUUGAGCAGACAAAAUGGCAGAUCGGCUUACAAGGAUUGCUAUUGUUAGCUCAGACCGCUGCAAGCCCAAGAAAUGCAGGCAGGAGUGUAAAAAGAGCUGCCCUGUUGUCAAAACAGGAAAGCUCUGCAUAGAGGUUUCAUCUGCCUCUAAAAUAGCCUUUAUAUCAGAGGAGUUGUGCAUUGGUUGUGGUAUCUGCGUUAAGAAAUGCCCAUUUGAAGCUAUCCAGAUCAUUAACCUCCCAAAAGAUCUAGAUAAAGACACGACACAUCGAUAUGGGCCAAACACAUUCAAGCUCCACAGGUUGCCUGUGCCACGACCAGGACAGGUUUUGGGACUUGUUGGAACAAAUGGUAUUGGGAAGUCUACUGCACUUAAAGUCCUCGCUGGAAAACUUAAGCCCAAUCUUGGCAGGUUCAAUAAUCCUCCAGACUGGCAGGAAAUUCUUACAUAUUUCCGAGGAUCAGAGCUACAAAACUAUUUCACUCGCAUUUUAGAAGAUAAUCUGAAGGCAAUAAUUAAACCUCAAUAUGUUGAUCACAUACCAAAGGCAGUACAAGGGAAUGUGGGGCAAGUGCUUUCCCAAAAGGAUGAAAGAGAUAUGAAAUCUGAGCUUUGUGCCGAUCUGGAUUUGAAUCAAGUUAUUGAUCGGAAUGUUGGUGAUUUGUCUGGAGGGGAAUUGCAGCGGUUUGCAAUUGCAGUAGUUGCAAUUCAAAAUGCUGAAAUAUAUAUGUUUGAUGAGCCCUCGAGUUAUCUUGAUGUAAAGCAACGGCUUAAAGCUGCUCAAGUAGUCCGGUCUCUGCUUAGGCCUAACAGCUAUGUUAUUGUUGUUGAGCAUGACCUUAGUGUCCUUGAUUACUUAUCGGACUUUAUUUGCUGCCUGUACGGAAAGCCUGGAGCUUAUGGGGUGGUAACACUUCCAUUUUCAGUAAGAGAAGGCAUCAAUAUCUUUUUGGCUGGUUUUAUUCCCACAGAAAAUCUUCGAUUUCGAGAUGAAUCGCUGACAUUCAAGGUUGCAGAGACACCUCAAGAAAGUGCAGAAGAAAUAAAAAGCUAUGCCCGGUACAGAUACCCAAGUAUGUCAAAAACUCAGGGUAAUUUCAAGCUUAGUGUAAAGGAGGGAGAAUUUACAGAUUCUCAAAUUGUUGUAAUGUUGGGAGAAAAUGGAACAGGAAAGACUACUUUCAUACGCAUGCUGGCUGGGUUGUUGAAGCCAGAUAUAGUAGAAAAUUCAGAAGUGGAGAUACCUGAAUUUAAUGUGUCAUAUAAACCACAGAAGAUCAGCCCAAAGUUUCAGUCAACUGUGAGGCAUUUAUUGCACCAAAAGAUUCGUGAUUCAUACACACACCCUCAGUUUAAUACUGAUGUCAUGAAGCCCCUUCAAAUUGAGCAACUAAUGGAUCAAGAAGUUGUAAACCUUUCUGGUGGAGAAUUACAGAGAGUGGCCCUGUGCUUAUGUCUUGGCAAGCCUGCAGACAUUUAUCUUAUUGAUGAGCCAAGUGCAUACUUGGAUUCUGAGCAGCGUAUUGUUGCAGCAAAGGUUAUAAAGAGAUUUAUUCUUCAUGCGAAGAAAACUGCUUUUGUUGUUGAGCAUGAUUUUAUCAUGGCCACAUAUUUGGCAGACAGGGUUAUAGUUUACGAGGGACAACCUUCUAUAGAUUGUAUUGCAAAUGCUCCACAGAGUUUGCAGACAGGAAUGAACUUGUUUUUAUCGCAACUGGAUAUUACAUUUAGACGAGAUCCAACAAACUACAGGCCUCGCAUAAAUAAAUUGGAUUCAACAAAGGACAGGGAACAGAAGAAUGCAGGAUCAUAUUAUUAUCUGGAUGAUUAAAGGUGCCUUUAAGGUAUUGGAUAAUUAUCUCUACUGCUGGUUGACAACACAAAAAUUUACAACUUGCAGUACAUGCACAUUACAUUCAGGGGCCUGCUCAGAUAAAAAUUGGAUGAAGUGCUUAUGGGAUUGGGAUUGUCUCAAUGGCUUUAUCUUGAAUUUAAUGUUCUGGAUUUAAUGCAAGAAUUUCUUAGGACUUGCAAGUGAAAGAGGUUAGUUAAGAGGGGCUGGUGUUUGGUUCUCCUGUUUGUGCCGGCUUAACUGAAAAAAGGAAGAGCUCUUUUCAAGAUUUGCAGUGAAUUGACAUCACCGGGCUUGCUAGACUUUUAUUUCCUGUUUGAAUUGUAAUCUCAAUUUCUACUAUUCAAUUGGUGUGGUAUAUUAUUUUACAAGUAAACAAGUGAAUAACUUGAAGCUUGCUCCUUAUAACAAGGAUAUCGUUAUAACUAUUCCUUCAUAUAAAGGUGUCUUAAUUUUGCAUUCAAGACACUAUUUAUUUUCAUCCCAUCAAAUAAAAUUAUUGGCAAGUUAAAACAA